UAUGUGAAAUAUAGACAUUCUCAAAUAUUUUGUAUGGGUUUAUAGUUAUAUAUUUUAUUUACAAGACCCAACACAUAUAACCAUUUAAUGUAUUAAGUCCAUGUAAUGAUCAUUGACCUAAAGAUUACAAUAGAAUUUGUCUUCCAAAAAUCAACUCAAUAAAAAAAUUUAUGUUUGUGUUUCUAGAAACAUAAAAAGUAUUUUCUUUUUUCCAAUUUUGAUUACAAUGUUAGAAUUACGAGGGCAUGGAGUGCGCUCUGAGGAGCUGUAUUGUGCCGGAGACGACCCACUGCCAGCCGGAAGGUGAAUUCACGGCCGUUGGCAGCGGCGGAGACGACUUCUCCGUCGACGACCUGCUUGACUUGUCAAACGGGUUUUCCGAGGAGUGCGAAGAGAAGGAGAAAGCAGAGGUUGAAAUUCCGCUGGAAAAAUCAGUCUUUUCGGCUCUGGGUGUGAAGCUGGAAAUUCGAGAAGAACCCAUAGCUCCUGUUGCCUUUUCUUCCAUGGGGGAUUUCUCUUGUCUCCCCGGCGGCGACCUAAUUUCGCCGGCGGCUGAUUUGGAUAAUCUUGAAUGGCUGUCUCAUUUUGAGGAAGACUCCCUCCCCGGCUACUCGCUGACGGGAAAGCUGCCGCCGGCGCCGUCGGGAUGGAAGAACCGCCGCCAAACUGAAAUUCCGGUCCGGGAAAAGCCUCCGGUCCAGACGAAGGCGAGGAGCAAGCGUGCCCGGACCGGCGUCCGGGUCUGGCUCAGCGGGUCGCAGUCGCUGACCGAGUCCUCCACCGAGUCCUCUUCCACCAUGUCGUCUUCGCCGCCGCACCCUUAUUUUGCACACCCGAAUCCUGGUCGGGCCUCCGAGUGGCUGGUCGGGAUUCCGCCAGCAAAGAAACAGAGAAAGAAAGCGCCGCCGCCGCCUCCCGGAGCUCUGCAGCCGCGGCGGUGCAACCACUGCGGCGUCCAGAAGACCCCACAGUGGCGGGCCGGUCCGCUCGGAGCGAAGACCCUCUGCAACGCCUGUGGGGUGAGGUACAAGUCCGGCCGGCUUCUGCCGGAGUACCGUCCGGCGUGCAGCCCCACCUUCUCCAGCCAGCUCCACUCAAACAACCACCGGAAAGUCAUGGAGAUGCGGCGGAAGAAAGAAUCGGAAACCGAUCCCGGUUUGGUUCAGCCGGUUCAGAGUUUUUGAAAAUUUUAAAGUUAAUAUUUAGGUUAUUAUUAUCUGUAGUAAUUUGUUGUAGCAAGAAUUAGGGGAAAUGAAAAAAAUGUGAAAUUUUAGGAUAUAACUAGGGAGGAUGAGGUGAGGAUAAAGCUAGAGUCAAAAAGUUGAAAAAACCGGAGUCGAAAUCAGUAAAGUUGGUUAGUUCGGGUCGAGUUAGAACCGGUUUAGUGUACAUUUUUUUUUAGAUAUGGCCCCUUAGUUGGUGCGGUAGGUUUCGUAUGAGGAGAGGAUUCCUUUAA